AUCAAAGCGCUGAGCCAGGCGGGCAAGUUCCCGGUGGUGGUGGGGGGCACUCAGCUGUACGUGGAGCUGCUGCUGUGGCGCUCUGCUGUCGACGUUUACAGCGACUCCGAAUUAAAUCCAAAAAAAGAAAAAACGCAAAAAAGGGAAAUUCAAACGGACAAAAGCGAAGAAAAAGCAGAAUGUACGACCCGCUGCAGCAGCAGCAGCAGCUGUUUGGUGGUUGUCUUUGUUUGUUUUCAGUGGAGUCAAAGACAAAUGAAGAAUUAAUUGAAAUGCUGAGAGAAGUUGACAGCGCGCGGGCGCAGCAGCUGCACCCCAACGACAGGCGAAGAAUCAUCAGGAGCAUUCAAGUUUCAAAACAAUUUGGAAUGCCCCACAGCGAGCUGAUGCGGGCGCACAAAUCGCAGCAGCUGCGCUACGACGCAUGCAUUUUGUGGCUGGAUGUGAGGGAUAGAGAAGUUUUGGAAAACAGAUUAAGACGGAGACUUCUGGAGAUGUGUAAAAAAGGACUUUUAGAAGAAGUCAAAUGGCUCGCCAAAGAACUUAAUUUGCAAUCCUGGCCCCCAGAACCUCCAGGGGCCCCCGAGGGGACCCCCAAAGGGGGCCCCCAGGAGGCCCCCCAAGAGAGCCCCCGGGGGGCCCCCUCGGGGGGCCCCCACAGGGGCCCCCAAGGGGACUCCCAAGGGGGCUCCCGUGGGGGCCCGGGGGGCCCCCAGGGACCUCUUUCUGAGUCAGAAGAAGAUGUGAAUCUGCCAACGGAAAGAAAGAAGUUAGAAGGGUUUAGAGGAGGAGUUUUACAAGGCAUUGGGUAUAAGGAGUUCCUGCCUUUGGUGCUGCCUGGGGGCCCCCAGGGGAGCCCUCAGGGGGGCCCCCAGAGGGCCCCUGAGGGGGCCCCCCAGGGGGUCCCCCAGGGGAGUUUGAACCCCGGCGAAAAUGAAAAAGAAGAAAUAAAUGAAAGUUUGAAGAAGUGUUUAGAUUUGGUGGUUUUGCGUUCGCUGCAGUAUUCAAAGCAGCAGCGAAAGUGGAUAAGAAACAAGUUUUUGAUUCGCCGCAGAAACCUGCCUCUUUACUUCCUCGAAGCCACAGACGGGUUUAUGAGCGGGGAGCCCUUCUGUGAAGAUUCGGAGUUUGCUGCUGCUGCACAAAUGUCAGGCGCUGUGAGGCUCAGAGACCUGGAAGGAGCAGAGGAAAACAAGUAA